GAGCGGUGGCUGCUUGUGUAACGGGCUGCUUUCACCUCAGCUGAACUUGACGCAUCUGCUCGAGCGGCGGGCAGAGGACGCGCCGUGUCCCCGCUGAACCGAGCAGCCUGGCCCGGGGAGGAGGGAGCGGAGAGCGGCGUCAUGAUUACCCGGCUGCCGUCUCUGAACACGGACACUUUUUUUUUUUUUUUUCUUUUUUUCCCCCUUCGCCGUCUGGAAUGUCUCUUUGCUUGGGGCUAGACGAGAAUUCGAGAACGUUGGACUUGAACGUGACACUGGGGCCAUCAGAGUCCAGGAGCACCCGUGAGAGCAGAAGGCCGUCGGACGCCUGACGACUGAGCGGAUAUGUGAACACGCUGCAGUGUGCGCAAGCUAGACGUCCACCACACAGAACGGCGGGGCUCUCUCGGCGUCGAGCCUCAUUGGGCUCAGUGUAUUUCCUGGGCGAACCUCAACGUCAAGAACCCUGAAGACUCCCUCUUUGCUUCGAGUCCGCCGAACACGACCCGUCCCAUCAGAAGCUCCCAGGGCGUGUUGUUGUGUGUCGAGUCCUCUAAACCGGUCGAGUGAGGCGGAGCGGGCGCACCUGCGGCACGAUGUCCCAGGACCAAUGCACAAUUACAGCGUGUGUCAGGAGGUGUGCUCGUUCUGUCGCUCCCCGGCGAUGUCAUUUCCUCCGAAGGGACGAAGGGCGGCAGGGCCGGGCGUGUCGACUGCAGCCGGCCGGUGGUCGGAGGGGCAACGUUGAGCUCAACAUCGCCUUCGUCCGCACUGCCACUCAAUCUCAAAACGAGCGUCCACGGGAUUCGUCAUCUGGAAAUGCUCGGGAGCAAACUCUCUGCGUCUGGUGAGUGAGGUCGUCAUCCAGCCAUGGCACGGGAUCUCUACUGCCCCCCGUCUCCACUGGGGGACUCCCUGCUGGACAGCCCGCUGUGCGCGGACCUCAUGGAGGAUCUUCACGACAUCUCCCAGUCCAUUGGAGAGGAGACACUGGGGUUUGAUUUCCCAGAGUACCAGAGUCCCGGUUCGGGUUCUGAGAGCUCCAUCGCACUGGACACCUUAACCCCGGCCUCCAGCCCGUCACCGGGGGGGUGCGGGGAGGCGCCAGAGCCCGACGAGGUCUUCGGCCCCCUCAGCCUGGAGUGCAGGGUGUGCUCGGACAAGGCGUCAGGCUUCCACUACGGCGUGCAUGUCUGCGAGGGCUGCAAGGGUUUCUUCAGGAGAACGAUCAGGCUCAAGCUGGAGUACGACAAGUGCGAACGCCACUGCAAAAUCCAGAAGAAGAACCGGAACAAGUGCCAGUACUGCCGCUUCCGCAAGUGCCUCUCGGUGGGCAUGUCCCACAACGCCAUCCGCUUCGGUCGCAUGCCCCAGGCGGAGAAGAUGAAGCUGAAGGCGGAGAGCAAGAUGGUGGAGAAGAAGAAAGAGGCGAGCCCCACGCUGUCCGACCACAAAGUUCUCAUCGGGCACAUCCACGAAGCCUACAUGAAGCACUUCAACAUGAACAAAGCAAAAGCUCGGCUCAUACUCACCGGGAAGACAAGCAAGCCGGUAAGGCAACACUUUUUCACGCACUUUAUUCCAUCUUCAGCUCACUCGUUUCUUCUUCCUCUUCAGCCUUUCAUUAUCCACGACAUGGAGACAUUCCAGCUUGCAGAACGGACCCUAGCGGCACACAUGGUGUCACAGGGCGACAGCGUGGAGCCCGAGUGCGGCCUCCCAGCGAGGGUGCUGGUUGCCGCAGUGGGUUGCGGGGGGCUCCAGCAGAGGGAGGCCGAAGCGCGCCUCUUCCACUGCUGCCAGAGCACCUCCGUGGAGACGGUCACUGAGCUAACCGAGUUCGCCAAAGCUAUUCCCAGCUUCCAGAACCUGGAUUUGAACGAUCAGGUAACUCUCCUCAAGUACGGGGUUUACGAGGCUCUCUUCACCCUCCUGGCCUCUUGCAUGAACAAAGACGGCCUCCUGGUGGCGCGCGGCGGCGGCUUCAUCACCCGUGAGUUCCUCAAGAGCCUCCGGCGGCCCUUCAGCGACAUGAUGGAGCCCAAGUUCCAGUUCGCCACGCGCUUCAACUCCCUGGAGCUGGACGACAGUGACCUGGCCCUCUUCGUGGCAGCCAUCAUCUGCUGUGGAGACCGUCCGGGUCUUGUGGAUGCGACUCUGGUGGAGCAGCUCCAGGAAGGCAUCGUGCAGGCUCUGCGGUUUCACCUGCAGGCCAACCACCCCGACGACGCCUUCCUCUUCCCGAGACUGCUGCAGAAACUGGCCGAUUUGCGGGAACUGGUCACAGAGCAUGCUCAGUUGGUGCAGGAAAUCGAGACGACGGAGGACACGUCGCUGCACCCCCUCCUUCAGGAGAUCUACAGGGACAUGUACUAAGAGAUGGCUCAAUUAGCUGCUAUCUCCCAUAUCAAUGUACUGUAGACUAUUAUUUUUGGGAGAGGGGCAGCUGUGAAAAAGGAGCCAUAGCUAACAAAACAGUUUGUAAAAUAGUGCCUUAAUAGGGUGAUGGCCAAAAUCACAGACUUAUGUUUAAAACUGUGUAAUACAAUAUUAUUUUCAAAAA